AUGCCAAUAUUAUUUGCUUUCUCUCCUUGGGCCGAUAUAGGUAUGGAUGAACCUGCCUAUAAACUUGCAAGAUUAAUGGAUAAAUGUAUGUGGUACGAUCAUGAUAAUGGAGGAUUGGGUAUUCCAGUGAGUUGGGCAAUGUCUGGACAAACAAUGAAAGCAAUCGUAAAGACUGACCCAUCGAUCAAGGGAACCAUUAGAUAUAGAACUGCCAAUAAAUCAGUAUAUUCAAGUUGGGAUCAAUCAGAGAUUGUUGGAAGUACAUAUCAUGCAUCUGGGUUGGCUCAUCCAUGUUUAAAUGAUAAAUAUCAAGAAGCAUAUAUAGAUGGAUUUGUAAAAGAAGAUAUUAAAGAAACCAAUCAUACGAUGUGGGAUUUAUUUGAACGAUCGCCAAGAGGAUUCUGUCCAAGUGAAAAGUUGUUUAGAGGAGAGGCAUUUGGAAGUGACGCACAUGGACAGCACAACAAAGGACAGGUGUUCCAGUUGGAGAAUGGAUUAAAGGUGAUUCCAACGGUCAAUGAGAUUAUGCCAUCGGAUUUUGACCGUUAUCACAAGGCAGAGAUAUUAAUUGACGCCAUCAUUGAAUAUUGCAGAAGAAACCAUAUUGGACGUGUAUUGUUGUCGGCAGAUGUCGACUUUUGGUUGGACGACAAUGGAUUUGAUCGUAUCAAAUGGAUGUAUCUCAAGGCGAUGGAGAGAUCGAAUGAGAUUAGAAUGGUCAAUGCAUCGGCACUCGUAGAGUCGUCGUGGUCGAUUGGUUAUGCAGGUCUCAAGAGUCUCGACAACUUUUACCAAUCUAUCGGACUGACCAACGUACAACAACACAUCUCUACGUGGACCAAUGCCGCUGGCAACCUCGAGUUUAUUGAUUGGGGUCGAUCAGGUCGAUCGGCUGAAUUCAUCAAAGCGCACACUGACAAGUAUGAACGUGGCAUCAAUCACCAGCAAUGGGUCGAUGGAGCCAAGUUACAACUUUCUAAAAAUGUCUACCAAAACAUCUGCGGAACCGUCUUUUACGACAAUCGUCCCCAAUGGGAAAACUUUAUGCAAGAUUGUUUCGAUAAUAAUCUUUCAAAUGCUUGGAAUAUUUUAAAUGAUGCUUAA